AAACUGCUUUCAUACUCAUAAUACCGUAUGGAAGAGGAAAAAAAUAAUUAACGGAAACGGAUGAUCGUAUAUGUUUGAAAAAUGGCACAGAUCAAAACUCUCCCCCUAUUCCCAGGGGCAAAAUUCAUUGUUAUUGAUGAUGGACAAGAAGUGAUGCGUUCACAAAGUCUAAUUCUGGGUUGGCUGCAAAUGUGGAACGACAAAGGUCUUGGCAACACAGUGGAAUUUUUACUAUUCUCCGGACCAAAGUUUGUAUAUGAAAAAUAUACAAAAAAUAUUAAAAAUGUUGACCUGAAACUCCACGAUUAUUACACAGUGUUUGUGGAUGACGAUAAAGACGAUGUUGCCAAAUUAGAAGGCAUAGUAAACGGCAAAAUUCUCCAAGUGAAUUCAGUAGUGAUUGUAGAUUGCUUAAGUUCUCUCAUACUUUUGGUAGGUUUGUCCAAAGCCUUGCGCUUUGUAGAAAAAUUAAGUUCUCGUUGUGCCCAAAUGAUUUGCAUAUACAAGAGAGAUUUUAGUCAGAAUAAAAUUCCACGUAUCGAAACUCUUGGUACGACUUACGUUCGUUUAGAGAAAUUAAAUUCGUACACUUCGCAAAGGGACCACAUACAAUACGAAGUAUAUUUGAAUCACCGGAAACAAGGAGGUGGUAUUUUGCAUCACAGAGCUCACAUUUUUCAAGAAUUUAUAUUGGACACUUACGAAAUCGUUAGAGAAACAGCUUCGAAUCACAGUGCCCCAGAAAUCAUUCCUCCUGCUCAACAUGCACAAGAAAAACCCCAGGCUACCUUCAGAAUUGAGAUGAAUGCUCGGGAACAGGAGCAAAGAAAAAACACUCCGUUGCCUUAUAGUCAAGGAGCAACGACUCAAAAUGAGUCACAAAUUCUUUACGAACCUGACAGCAUUGACGAUAUAGACGAGGAAGAUCCGGAUGACGAUUUACCAUUCUGAUCGAAACGAAAUUUGACUCUAGAUAUAAGAAAAUUUAUCAAAUAAUUGAUCACCAUCUUUACUGGAUAAAAAGUGAGGGUAUAUUUUAUUCCGUACUGUCGCAUAUUUAUUGUUAAAUUUUUUGGCUAAAAUACACGUAACGCGAAAAGCCAACAACAUCCCAUAAAACAGCAAUAAAAUAUAUGCUUAUUUCACAA